GAAGAGGAGGAGGAGGAGGAGGAGGAGGAGGAAGGGGGAGGAAGGAGGCGGAGCGCGCCGGUAGUGGCGGCUCUGGGACUCGAGCGCCCGGGCAGGAUGGGGCCGCCGGGGAAGGCGCACCGGGCGAUCGACGAGGUAGGCGCAGUGCCCAGGGGGCUGUGAGCAUCCCAGCCGAACCACCCCGCCCGGUUGGACCACUGCAGCUUUGUCGGGCGGCCUAAAAGGGGUCUUCGCGCCCCCCUCUGCCUGCUCAAUCGCCACUGCCGCCUCCAAGCCCCCCCCUUCCUCCCCCGCCCCUCGAGAGACCAUGGGCGCCGAAAACUUUGUCUCCGCCUGACUUCUUUCCCAAGCUGACCGGGGUCGGCUGCGUGAAGAGGUUCGUCGCCACCUGUCGCCAGUGGCUGUCCCCCCCACCCAUCCACCCUUCGCGAGGACCUUCGGGUGCGUGCAAUCGGCUCCGGGUACCCGAGGGAGCGUGGGCUUCCCGCCUCGCCCCAGUGCGCCUAGGACGGAGGCCUCCCUCUUGACUGGAUCUCUAAGCGCGUCCAGACCGCCGCACGCAGCUUGAACCGCCGGUGCCCCCGGGAGCGCGCUGCCAGGCGAGGAAGAGGAGGAGGAAGGGGAGGAAGGAAACCCGGACGCGGCGCCCAGAAGCCCGGAGGAGCCGGCGGAGGAGGCACCCCCUCCUCUCCCAUCCCCCCCGGCCGUCCGCCAACCCAAGCCCCUCACCUUCCAGCUUUUGCAGGGGCGACCGGAGCUCGGAGCUGGGGGGAGGCGGCGGCCGGGCGGGGGCGGGGGCGGAGGAGGAGGAAGAGGAGGAGGAGGAAGAGGAGGAGGAGGGCGGCGAGCCGGCGGCCAGACCGCGAGCCGAGCCGAGCCGAGUGAAGAGCGGAGCGGACUCGCACCAUGGUGCAGCCGGGAUUGCUGCCGCUGCUUCUGCUCGCCCUGGCCUGCGUCCGCGUGUGCACGGACGACGCGGCCAAAGUGAUCUCCGACCGCUAUGCUGUCUACUGGAACCAGAGUAACCCCAGGUUUCAUCACGGCGAUUACACAGUAGAAGUCAGCAUCAAUGACUACCUGGACAUCUACUGCCCCCAUUAUGAGAAGCCGCUGCCCCCGUCCGUGCUCAUGGAGGAGUACAUCUUGUACAUGGUCAACGAUGAGGGCCACGCUUCCUGCAACCGGCAAAAAGGCUUCAAGCGCUGGGAGUGUAACCGGCCCACGGCGCCCAACGGGCCCCUCAAGUUCUCUGAGAAGUUCCAGCUCUUCACACCCUUCUCCUUGGGCUUUGAGUUCCGGCCGGGACAUGACUACUAUUACAUCUCUGCCACUCCCUCCAACACGGUGGACAGGAACUGUUUAAAACUGAAGGUUUAUGUGAAGCCGACAAACGAUUCUCUGUACGAGUCUCCAGAGCCCAUCUUCACCAGCAAUAACUCCUGCAGCAGUCUCAGGGUGUCCCAGCUAUUCCUCUCUGUGGUGCCCGUCUUUUGGACCAUCUUCACCUCUUAGCCCCUCGGCCCUCCCGCCACCAGGCACCGCGGGAUCGGCAUGGUUCUAGGUGGAGCCAGGGAAGACAGAGGGAUCCCUAGGGGGAUGGGGGGCAGCCCUGCUGUUUCCCUUACUCCUUUGCCACCUGUUCAGAAACGCCCCUCAGCCCCUGUCUGCCCCUCCUUCAGGAGGAAGGCCCUGGAGCCGCCAAGCCAGACUUCCACCUUGGGGACCACACAGAGAGGACUGAGGAGGAAGCAGAUGGUGUCUGCCAGGGACUGAGUUCAUGGCCGCCCAGGAAGGUGACCUCAAAUCCUUGAAGGUUUAGGCUCUAGGGAGCCUCUCCGGGGCAGUAACAGCUGCUCCCCAACCCUGGGGCAUGGGAACGAGAGCUGCUUGUAGACCAAAUAGAGAACGUCCUUCUUGUUUCGA